CGUGUCGGCAAAAUAUUAAUUUGUGUCAAUACCGAUUAUCACAAAUUACAUUUUCCUCCGUAGAUUGCGCAUGAAACAUCAACUGGACUAAGAAUGGCGCGUUCAGGCGUGUUUGUGUGCUUAUUCCUUGCCGCAUUCGUCGGAGAAUUUUGCCUUGGUCAUGAGGAAGAGGUAGCUAAAUGCAUCGAUGGCCCUUAUCAUAAAGAGAAACCGUCUCCUGAAGGGCCGGACUAUGUUGAAUGUCAACCUUGGAAGGAAAGAACGUGCUGUACUGCAGGCUUCACUGCUCAACUUGAGAAAAGUAAUGUGGAAGUUUUGUAUAAUUUUUCAUGGCACCACUGUGGUAAUCUCUCUAAGGAGUGUGAGCGGUACAUAAAAAACGAAGAGUGUUUCUAUUCGUGUGAACCCAGCCUUAUCAAAUGGCAUACCUCUGGUGGAGGCGUGAAACGGGUUCCAAUAUGUGCUGACUAUUGUGAUAAAUGGUACGAUGCCUGCAAAAACGAUAUGACUUGCGCUGAAGAUUGGCUGGCGGAUUUCAACUUUACUUUAAGCCAGUACUCCUGCCGAACUGAUUCCAAAUGUCUCAGAUUUAGCGAGCUGUAUAAAGACGGAGAAGGAUUAUGUAACAAAAUGUGGGGACAAUCAUUUACGUACGAAAAGAGCAACAAUUGUAUGGUGAUGUGGUUCGAUGGCAAGAACCCAAACGAAAAGGUCACGCCUGAUACGACCGGUGCCGCAGUAACAAGCUACCAGUCUAAGUUCAUCAAUAUAGCUUUGGCUCUAAGCUUAAUUAAAUUACUAUGUUAAGUUUUCUACUACCAGUGAUAAACAUGGUAUACUUGUGUGUUUUCCGAACUGUAAGUCCAUCCCACUGUAUGUCGAUCACACAAGCUGUAGAACCUGGCGUACAAUUGUUUAAUUUUUGUGUAAUUUCUAUUCUGUUAAUCCUACUUCUACUUUCAUAUUGCGUAAUUUAUGAAAUAACUUAAUUUUAUUUUUUAAAAUUUGUUUAAAAUUUUUAAAAUUUUUUAAUUUUAAUUGUAAUUGAUGUAAUUUAACAGGGAAGAGCCACCUGUUUUAUCUGUUAAUAAACC